GACUCCGAGCUGCCCUUGCAGGGGGCUCAGGUUCCACCCCUGGUGGGGGAACUAAGAUCCUGCAUGCUGCGUGGCCAAAAAAAGAAAAAAAAAAAUCUCCCUCUAUAGAUGAGGAAACAGAUUCCAAGAUCAAGAGGAUAAGACCCAAGUUAUGGACUGCGUAGACGCAAAGGGAAAUUUGGCAGUGAAACUACCCAAAGAAGAAAAAACUGAAGGCGGAAUAACCAUCUAUGAGCACCAGGAGCACGGCAUCGAGUUAUCGAAGACCCGGAUACUUCAGAAAUUCCUGGAUUCCCUUGACAACAAGAAGCUGAAGACGACACUGCCCCCUUCAUUCCGAUCAAUCCAGGCGAUGAGAGAAGACCUUUAUCUAGUGACGGAAACUCUGAAGACGAUAAAGAAAGAAACCCUGGAAAGUGAACAGCAAUAUACAUUUUGGAACUGGAUCGCAUGUUUUGGUCUCCACUGUGAACACAAGCACCAAAGGAAAGUGACCAUCGGCCCUGAGAAAGUCGUGGGCUAUCGAGUAAGGCAGCUCAUCUUCCCCAACGCGGAGAGGAUGAAUAUUUGUUUCUCGGACAAAAAAGAAAAAUCCUUUCCGGAAGAGAAAGAUGGUGGUUCAUCUGGGUUAGGGAAGUCCCUGAGUUUGGGGCAUUUCAGAAGCAUGAAGGAGGAGAUGCAGGACAUGGUGCGAGUCUUCCAGGGUCUGACUGAGGAGGAGCAAAAAGAAGUGCUAAGUUGCUUCACUAAGUGCCUCAGCAAGAAUGAAGAGCUGCAGAAUCUAGAGCGAAGAGUGUCUGAGGUCCGGCGCUCCGGUGAGCUACAGGUGGAGGGCCCAGCAGGUCCUCUCAUAAACAGCCUUUUUAAUGCUGCUGGGAUCUUGAUAGAGGAGCGCGCGGAAGCCAUUUGGGAUUUCCUGGAUGCCUUGAUGGAGCUGUCUGAGGAACGAAAGCUUGUUGCUGAGGCCCUAGAUAAGGGGAUCCUGCCCCUAUUGAAGGACAAGGUGGAGUCUACCCUGGAGCAGAACUGGGGUGAGCAGCCCUGUGACGUGGGCUGUGACCCUGAGGCACGGACUCUCUGUGCCCUCUACGUUGUUGUCUCCGUCCUGCUGCAGCUGGGUGAGAAGCCGACCUCUGUGUCUUCCUAACAGCAUGUCAGCUCUUUAAGCAUUCUCCCCACAAGCCUCUGGGUGCUCCCCUCCCCAGUGCAUCCUCACCAUCUCUAUUCCCAAUCACCAGAAUAAUGUCUUUAAAACAAGCCGCUGCCUAUGUUUGAUAUAGCCCAUUCACCAUGAUAAUGUCCAAAAGCCAGCCUGGACUGUACACAUGAACUCCUGAUGAAAAGUGGCAGAUGGAUCAUAUGAAUUUCCUCUCCUUCUUGAAAUCUCAAUAAAUGACAAUAAAGUGAUGGAAAAGGUAGAAACCCACAAAGGAUAAAAGAGAAAUUAGGCAGCAGAUGAGGGAUUUCAACAUCUUCAGAAGCAAGAAAGCAAUUAAAGGAGUGCAAGCUAGGAGACGCGGGGCUGAGGGGUGCGGAAGCGUGUAGGAGGAGGCUGCUGCUUUUCAUCACGGGCCUUUUAGUUCUAUUUAACAUUAGCAAAGGCCUAAACAGACAUUUCUCCAAAGAAGACAUACAGACGGCCAACAAACACAUGAAAAGAUGCUCAACAUCACUAAUCAUUAGAGAAAUGCAAAUCAAAACCACAGUGAGGUAUCACCUCACACCAGUCAGAAUGGCCAUCAUCAGAAAAAUCUAGGAACAAUAAAUGCUGGAGAGGCUGUGGAGAAAAAGGAACCCUCCCGCACUAUUGGUGGGAAUGUAAAGUGAUACAGCCACUAUGGAAAACAGUAUGGAAGUUCCUCAAAAAACUAAAAAUAGAACUACCAUAUGACCCAGCAAUCCCACUACUGGGCAUAUAUCCUGAGAAAACCAUAAUUCAAAAAGAUACAUGUACCACAAUGUUCAUUGCAGCACUAUUUACAAUAGCCAGGACAUGGAAGCAACCUAAAUGUCCAUCGACAGAUGAAUGGAUAAAGAAGAUGUGGCACAUAUAUACAGUGGAUUAUUAGCCAUAAAAAGGAAUGAAAUUGAGUUCUUUGUAGUGAGGUGGAUGGACCUAGAGUCUGUCAUACAGAGUGAAGUAAGUCAGAAAGAGAAAAAUACCAUAUGCUAAUACAUAUAUAUGGAAUCUAAAAAAAUGGUACUGAUGAACCCAGUGGGAGAGGAAGAAUAAAGACACAGAUGUAGAGAACAGACUUGAGGACACGGGGAAGAGGGGGAAGGAGAAGCUGGGACAAAGUGAAAGAGUAGUAUUGACAUUUAUACACUACCAAAUGUAACACAGAUAGCUAGUGGGAAGCAACUGCAUAACAGAGGGAGAUCAAUUUGAUGAUUGGUGAUGACCUAGA